CUUGAUUAUCCGCGCUGCCAAAAAACAGGGCGAGGGGUCCCGUUGUGUCGUGCGUAAAAAAAAACGUAACUCACGCACUGCGCAUCACCCCAUAGUCUACAGUUUGGGCAGUAGAAACCUGUACGAAGACGGACGCAAAGAAAAGCGCGACAACGUGAUUGUGGAUACAAGUGGAUAAUUAUUUGGAUUAGUGGUCAAGAAAGAGAAAGCAGGGAACCGUGAUGGCAGUGGCAGUGAAUAGAGACCUGACAGUGCAGGUGUUAGCUGAUGCCAAUGUGGUAAAGCUAAUGGACAGUAAACAGGCUCUGAGGGCGGCUGUUCAGAAGGGGGAGCCCAAGUGUCUGGGGGUGAGCCAGUUGAUGUUGGGUCUCCUCGUCAUGGGUUACUCCAUCCCUCUUCACUUGACGGAACACACGGAGGUGGUGUGGAUGGGGGUGCCCUGGUGGAGCGGUCUCUCCUUUGUCAUUGCAGGAGUUGUUUCUAUACUCUUGGACAAAUACUGCAAUAUGAAUCACCUCUACGCCUGUUUAGUUACUAGCGUCAUCACCACUGUCAUCGCAAUCAUGGCCAUCAUCGUCUAUUCUGUGGACAUAGAGAGAAACCCAGCAACUCCCUGCAUCAAACAAAUGUACGACAACUGUGAUGACAAGCACUAUGCCACCAAGCUGAGUAAAGGCGUGAAAUCGGCCCUACUCCUCUUCACUCUGGCUCAGACCACCAUCUCUGGAGUCCUUUCUUUCCUGCUCUUCAGACAGAGACGCAGCUUUCAGAUAUACAAUCCUCUUAAUCAAGAUGCCAUCUCUACACAGGCCGUGGUAUCUGCAGAUGGGAACUGAAUCUCCAAACCUCUUGUAAUCCUGUGGAGUUUAAGUGCACAUAUUUGUAUAUUCACAAUAUAAGAUACUAUUAUUUACACUGCAAAAGUCUUUGCUAAUAUCGUCUGUAGUCAUGUGGGUUGUAGUGUUGAAUCGAAAUUUAUACAGAAUUUAAGAAAUAGUAAGGUGUAUUGAGAGGUUUAAACCUGCUUUAUUUCUGGUUUAGUCCUUGUUAAGUCCCUUCAUAGACCAAACUUAACCCUUGUCUGAUCAGUUUAAAUCCCGGUUUAGUCCUGGCCUUUCACUUGGUUUAGUUAGUUGCAUAAGGUACCUGUUAUGAUGGAGUGUCUGCCACUUGCUUAUCUCCUUGGAGAUGUUAUUACUUUGCUUAGAAUGUAUGUUCCAAUGUAUGGCAUUAAUCCUGUCUGCCUGCAGGCAAGCAUGAAAGCCCCCUCACAAUAAAAUACAAAUGUUUCUCAAGGUAGUGUUUUAGCAAUGGAGGGAAGUUACAUAAUGUGCCUUUAAGUUUUAGUCUAUGUUCAGACCCAGUUUGAACCUGGUUCAGUUUUGAUUUAGUCCUAGAUCACUUAGAAUAGACUUAAGAGACCACCAAUAAUUGUGGUAUACAAAAGACAAUCUUAAUCUUACCACUGUGAUGUGUUUUGCAAUAAGCUAUUUUAAAGGUACACUAUGUAACUUUUCUGAUGGAAGGUCCACCACCUGCUUGUCUCCAUGGAUAUUUUAUUGCUUUGUCUGGAAUAAUCCAAAGUAUGGCAUUAAACGUAUCUAUGUCCAAGGAGACAAACAAGGCUUGCAACCAGGCUAUGUUACAGGUCAUAUCUGUGGAGAGGCUUACAGUUCGAAUGCAUGUUUUUCAACAUACUUUUUAACUCUUGUUGCUGAACAAAUGAAAUAUAGAUAAGUCUAUCAUACUGUGAAAAAUCUAAGGGAAAGCGAUUACAUUUCACUCGAGACAAGCCUGCAGCCAGCCCUCCACUAGAAAAGUUGCAUAGUACAUCUUUAAUAUACAUUUAAAACAAUCAUUUGUAUGUCCAUACAAUUUUAUUUUCAAUACUUUUUUUUUGUACAGGUUCACAUUGUCAGAAUGUAAAAUGUCAUCUUGUUCCUUUUGUACAUACAGUGAGUGUUAUUGUGUGGUUGUUACUAAUGACCAGUAAUCAGAA